UCUAGAUCAUAAAUCGUCACCGAAAAUGAAAGUGCUGUUCGCUAUUAUUGGGCUUUUGGCUUCCUGCCACGCCAAAAACCUCGUGGACUACCGCGUGGCUCUAUCCAAAACUUGUGAAAAACCCAAAAACUGCACUACUUCAGGACUUUUUUGCGAAAGUUGCAGUAGUCUAGUGGCAUGCAUCCAAGAUGACGACACUUACACAAAACAAAACGUGAAGACAUGCGAUUACGGAGAAAAAUGUAUAAAAAAUAAGUGCACUACUGCACAGGAUCCCUUUUGCGAUGGUAUCGCAGAUUUGCCUUUUCCGUGUCAAGCAGUGGGUAUUUUUCCGGAUCCUUUUUAUUGCAACAAGUUUGUUCUAUGCGUCCAAACAAAGGAUACCUUCAAAGCUUACCCCAAUCAGUGUGAACAAGGACUUGGCUACAAUAUUGGUACAGGACUUUGCGACAUUGUUCUGCCAAAUGGUGUAUGCCCGGACGACGAAUAUCCUAUUCCACUGUGCACAGAACUUGGUCAUAGUGAAGCUCUGGAGGGUAAGCCGCAGGAAUAUUUCAUAUGCAAAGAGUAUGGUCGUUCUAAUGAUGUUAUGUAUCCUUUUAUUGAUGUUUGUUCUGAAGCUAAAACUUAUGACAACUACAUAUGCUCUUAAGAUUAGAAGACAUGCUGUUUGAUGAUUAAUAUGACAGACAUAAUUAUUUGCUUUAUUGUAACAUUUAUUGAAAUAAAACUUAUGUGAAUUUAA